UCGUUCCAUUUUGAUAAAACUCCAAUAUAUUUUCAAUUUUCAAAAACGGUUAUAAUUAACAGAAUUUAAUGAAUUUUGUUCUACAAAUUGAUGAUGCUAUUAAAAAACUCGAUUUACAAAUCACUGACCUGAAAGGUAUAAUCCAACCCUUGCAAAAAGCUUAUAACGAAAAUAAUAUCAAAUGGUCAGCAAUUGAAAGAGCUAACUAUAAUGUUGCAAUCAUAUACCUAAUCAAUUCCUUGUUCUUUAUGUACAUGAAAUUAAAUAGUCAAGAUAUUGAUGCCUCAGGGAUAAAACAGGAAUUGGAAAGGAUAAAGGAAUGUUUAAAAGAAUUGCGGGAAACAGAAGAAAAACUUGGAUUAACUGUUAAACCACCACACCCAACUCUUAAUGUUCCUUUGGCUAAAAGCUAUAUCAAAAAUGCAUUAUUUGAUGUUAAUGAUAUUAAUAAAUAAUUUUUUAUUAAAAUGUAUAUAAAAUUAAUUUAUAAUUUUAAUUUAUAUUACACUACUUAAAAUUAAAUUGCUCCUCUCAUAACCCUUAAAUGCAACAUGAAUUUGCAAAAAGUCUUAUAAUUCUUAACCUCAUAGAAAUGAAGACUAACAACGAUAGUUGGAUAAUGGCUAAAUUCUGGGUAAUUUAGCUUAUCUACAGGCACAUUAUGAGAGAAAUUCUGUUAACAUAAUGUUUUAAUUCAUAUUUUUCUUUCAAAUUUGAGCUACUAUAUUUUAAGAAAAACUCCAAAGUCAAAAUGAUAGUUUUUGACUGGCUAAAAAUAUAGUAAUUUUACAACUAUACUAACACUUAGUGGAUUUGAGCUGAUUUUUAAAACAUCAAACUCAGUAUUUUAUCCAGAAAAAUAUUAAGAUUCUGCUCAUAGGGCACAAAGGUCUAGACAUCUAUUAAAGAAAUCUCAAGGUUUAGGCUUUUCUGACUAAAAUAUUGAGUUAGCCAUAUUUAAAGAUUGGCUUAAAACAAGUCAUUUAACUACAUUACUAACAACUAUAAAUGUCAAUAACUCCAAAAUUAGAUAUUUUUUUUCAAGGUUUUUAUUUUAUAAUAUUUAUAAAUCAUAAAACAUCAAGUUAUAUUUUGCCAUAAAAUUAUUUAAAUAUUUAUGAUAUUUUGCAACUGAUACAAAAAUUUAUUCAAUGUUUGUGCUAAAUUUUUUUGUUGUAUUUGCAGACAUUUGUCAUACUUUAUAUUUGCAAAAGACAAAGUUUGCAAAUAAUAGUCCAUAAUUAUUUAUUAGAACUUCCCCUUUUAUCCUGGCUAUUGCUCUUAAGGGCAUCUUUUAUACAUUUGCACAAAGAGACCUUUUAAUGCUAUAAAUAUUAUAAUCUCCUCAUAUUCUAUUUGUUUAAAUUGUAUGGGCAGGAGUUAUGUUUAUAUUAUUAUCAAUGUAUUAAUAAUAAGCAAUAUCUACCAUUCCAAAAAAAAAAUAUGUACAGACCAGUAUAGAUGAUAAAUAAGGAGCAAAAACGUUGACAAAACUGAAUUGAAAACUGAAUUAUUUAGAAUAAACAAAUUGUUUAUUUUUGAUAUGAAACAUAUUUUUUAUUCUUAU